AUGAAGAAAUUCCUAAUCUUAUUAAUUAUUUUUUAAGUUACCUUAACAGCAAUUUACUAUGACACUGGAUUAUCUAGAGACUUUGAUUAUAGUUGGGAUGCAACUUUUAUUUGUUAAAAUGGCUACUCUAAAACAGCCACUAUUUCAUUUUCUAAUACAUUCGAAAAUAUUCCUUAAGUGUUUUUUACUCAUGAAACUUUUGAUUAAUAUGGAGGUGAAGCAGGGUUUUAUUUGGCUAUAACAUCAGUAUCUAAAACAUGUAAUCAAUAAAUCGAUAUUCAUUUAAGCAUUUACAGCUGAAGCAAGUUGUAAAAAAAGUAGAGUGUUUACUCUCAAGUUAAGAUGGUUUGCAAUAGAUGAUUAACGUAUUGAAGUCAUAAAUAAUUUCAAUAUGUUAAAUCCAGAUGAUAAGACAUUUUCAAUUAAAAAUCCAAAUGCUUAAACUGGAUUUGUCGUUAUGACUAGUCUACAUUUUUAAGGAGCUAUAGAUUUUUUAUUAGAGGUAGAAAUUGAUAAUAAAUAAAUAGAUAAGUUCAAUAACAACUAAUUCAGUAACAGUCAGUAUUACCAAAGUGGCAGGAAAAUUUACUAAUCUUAAGCAAAUUGGUUAUAUUGUUGUUGUUGGAAUUCAAGAAGCAUUUAUUAAUUUAGGAUUAAAGUCAGUAACAGGAGCCUUUAGUAGUGGAGCACUUGUAAAAUAACCAAAUAGAUAUUUUGCCAUUGCAUUACAAGGUAUGAAUUAUCUAAAUAAUAAUACUAUGAGAAUAAGAGCAACUUAUACAAAUACAGCAACAACAACGUCAUAUACUUGGGGCACUUGUAAUUAUUAUUCAUUUAUUCUAGGGACUGGUGCUGAAACUCCAAAUAGCCAUUCUUAAAUUUGGAUUUUAUACUAAUUUACAACUACAUACAAGCCAUUAGAAUGUUUUAGUAUAAGAACUAGUAGAAAAUAAGCAUUUGAUUUAACCAUUUUACCAACUUUCUAUUUAUAAUUAGUUUAAACUAAUUAAAUUUAUAUUACAAAUGGUAACUAUGAAUAUUCAGUUGAUAAAUCAAUUAGACCACUUAAAAUGAAUAUCUAAAUGAAAUGUGAAAAUGGAAAGAAGGUUUAAGCAGAAUUUAAUAAAUGUAAUGCUUGUAGUAUUUAAAAGACUUAUUCUUUUACUUAUAAUUGCUUUAAUUAGAUGAAUUACAUUGGUUUCUUCCCUUUAUUUUAAUAAGCAUCUCAAGAAUAUAAUCAUUUAAAAAUCAAUAUUCAGUCAUCAUCACUUGAAGUCAUACAUGUUGUCUAUGAUUAAGUCAUCACAGAAAAGACAAUAGUGAAAAUUUAAAUAUUAAAUUAAUGA